AUGGGACUGGGAGCACUGGGAGGGGGACUGGGAGCACUGGGAGCCGUGCUCAGCGCCCAGCGGGUGCUCAGGGCUGCCCACUGCCAGGCACACAUCCAGGUGCGGGCAGGGGAGCACAGCCUGGCAGCGUCGACGGGGCAGGAGCAGUACGCCGUGGCCGUGGCCGUCGUGGUCCACCCCGGCUUUGACUCCGUGGACGGGGACAGCGCCUACGCCCAUGACCUCAUGCUGCUGCGCGUUGAGCCCCCCUUCACCAUCACCCCCUACGUCCAACCCCUGGCCCUGCCCAGAAGUCCCCCGGCCACCGGCACCAACUGCACCGUCAUGGGAUGGGGCACCACCACCAGCCCCCAAGACGAGGCCAUGGUUGGGGUGGGUGGUGGCAUCUCUGUAGAUGAGACCAUGGUUGGGUUGGGGGGUGGCAUCUCUGCAGACGAGACCAUGGUUGGGUUGGGUGGGGGCAUCUCUGCAGACGAGGCCAUGGUUGGGGUGGGUGGUGGCAUCUCUGUAGAUGAGACCAUGGUUGGGUUGGGGGGUGGCAUCUCUGCAGACGAGACCAUGGUUGGGUUGGGUGGGGGCAUCUCUGCAGACGAGGCCAUGGUUGGGGUGGGUGGUGGCAUCUCUGUAGAUGAGACCAUGGUUGGGUUGGGGGGUGGCAUCUCUGCAGACGAGACCAUGGUUGGGUUGGGUGGGGGCAUCUCUGCAGACGAGGCCAUGGUUGGGGUGGGUGGUGGCAUCUCUGUAGAUGAGACCAUGGUUGGGUUGGGGGGUGGCAUCUCUGCAGACGAGACCAUGGUUGGGUUGGGUGGGGGCAUCUCUGCAGACGAGGCCAUGGUUGGGGUGGGUGGUGGCAUCUCUGUAGAUGAGACCAUGGUUGGGUUGGGGGGUGGCAUCUCUGCAGACGAGACCAUGGUUGGGUUGGGUGGGGGCAUCUCUGCAGACGAGGCCAUGGUUGGGGUGGGUGGUGGCAUCUCUGUAGAUGAGACCAUGGUUGGGUUGGGGGGUGGCAUCUCUGCAGACGAGACCAUGGUUGGGUUGGGUGGGGGCAUCUCUGCAGACGAGGCCAUGGUUGGGGUGGGUGGUGGCAUCUCUGUAGAUGAGACCAUGGUUGGGUUGGGGGGUGGCAUCUCUGCAGACGAGACCAUGGUUGGGUUGGGUGGGGGCAUCUCUGCAGACGAGGCCAUGGUUGGGGUGGGUGGUGGCAUCUCUGUAGAUGAGACCAUGGUUGGGUUGGGGGGUGGCAUCUCUGCAGACGAGACCAUGGUUGGGUUGGGUGGGGGCAUCUCUGCAGACGAGGCCAUGGUUGGGGUGGGUGGUGGCAUCUCUGUAGAUGAGACCAUGGUUGGGUUGGGGGGUGGCAUCUCUGCAGACGAGACCAUGGUUGGGUUGGGUGGGGGCAUCUCUGCAGACGAGGCCAUGGUUGGGGUGGGUGGUGGCAUCUCUGUAGAUGAGACCAUGGUUGGGUUGGGGGGUGGCAUCUCUGCAGACGAGACCAUGGUUGGGUUGGGUGGGGGCAUCUCUGCAGACGAGGCCAUGGUUGGGGUGGGUGGUGGCAUCUCUGUAGAUGAGACCAUGGUUGGGUUGGGGGGUGGCAUCUCUGCAGACGAGACCAUGGUUGGGUUGGGUGGGGGCAUCUCUGCAGACGAGGCCAUGGUUGGGGUGGGUGGUGGCAUCUCUGUAGAUGAGACCAUGGUUGGGUUGGGGGGUGGCAUCUCUGCAGACGAGACCAUGGUUGGGUUGGGUGGGGGCAUCUCUGCAGACGAGGCCAUGGUUGGGGUGGGUGGUGGCAUCUCUGUAGAUGAGACCAUGGUUGGGUUGGGGGGUGGCAUCUCUGCAGACGAGACCAUGGUUGGGUUGGGUGGGGGCAUCUCUGCAGACGAGGCCAUGGUUGGGGUGGGUGGUGGCAUCUCUGUAGAUGAGACCAUGGUUGGGUUGGGGGGUGGCAUCUCUGCAGACGAGACCAUGGUUGGGUUGGGUGGGGGCAUCUCUGCAGACGAGGCCAUGGUUGGGGUGGGUGGUGGCAUCUCUGUAGAUGAGACCAUGGUUGGGUUGGGGGGUGGCAUCUCUGCAGACGAGACCACCGUUGUCCAAGGGAUGGAGACUUCAGGGUUGGAGUCCUUCCCCGACACCCCCCAGUGCGUGAACGUCACCGUGGUGGGUGACAACGAGUGCCGGCUGGCCUACGGCAGCAAAAUCACCCAGGACAUGUUGUGCGCCGGCGUGGCUGCGGGGGGCAAGGACUCCUGCCAG